CGGAAAUGGUUCUAUUACGAUUAUUUUCGUAUUGUUUUAUAUCUUUUUUUGGCGCCCGUUCGCGCAACUGGCGGCAGGCCCUUCGGAACUUGUCGAGUGCAGCUGCCGCACGCGUUUUCCAGCUGUUAAGGGACUGGGGACUCGGAACAGCUGUACGCACAUAAAGAAUAACUUCCAGUUUUCUGGCCACGCUCCCCAAACCGCAGAGGCCGGCUCCCUAUUUCGACGUUACAGCAGCCAACGACGAUCAUCAUUCGUCCUCGCGCCACCACCUAAGACGGAAUCAGUUCUUCCCCCUUCAAGGAUUACGCGCGCAAGUUGAACAAGGAUACGCAUCCAGUCAACGUCUUAGUAUGAAACGCAACAACAAUAACAACGCUAAGCAGAAACAUGAUAAGCCGCAGUCGUCGGAGGUGCCGAAAGUCGCUAACAGAAAUAGACGUGGGAAACAGAAGAGCGGACAGAAAAUGAACGAGGCGCUGAUGAUGUGCUUCGAGAAGAUAUGCGAGCUGCAGAAGGAAUUGGAAGGAGACAUCACCGAGGAGGAUUACGAUGAUGCUCAGGUCGCGGGAUACGCCGCUUGCGCCUUGGAAACGAUGUCAUUCCUGAGAGCCGAAGGAAUGUCCGAGGAGGAUCCGAUCAUGAAGGUGCUGAAGGAGAAGCUCCUCAGUAACUGACGAAACGAUAAUACCAAAAAAAU